UGGGAGUCCCCACCUCCUGGGUCUGCGCCUGCGCCAGGGCCAUGGCAGCCGGCCGUACCUGAGGAGGGUGGGAGGCGGUGGUGUCCCCUUCCCGUCGGCGGGCGGGAGAGUUAGAGAGCUACCCAAGAAAACACCAUGAAAGAUACUGACAUCAAGAGACUUCUGUAUACCAAUCUUUUGUGCGUAUUUUCAAUUUUCCUGAGCUUUUUUAUUCCAUCCUUUUUCCUGGAUAACUUCUCAAUACUGGAAACUCACUUGACUUGGUUGUGCACUUGCUCUGCUCUUGUGACUGGUGUCAAUCUCCUGUUAUAUUUAGUAGUGAAACCAAAUGUACCUUCUAGAAGAAGUUCAUUAUCACAUAAGGUGACCAGAGUUUUGAAAUGCUGCAUGUACUUUCUUAUGUCUUGUGUGUUCCUUCAUAUCAUUUUUGUUCUCUAUGGAGCACCACUAAUAGAGUUGGUGUUGGAAACAUUUUUAUUUGCAGUUAUUUUGUCUACUUUUACUACAGUACCUUGCUUAUGUUUGUUAGGACCAAACCUCAAAGCAUGGCUAAGAGUUUUCAGUAGAAACGGAGUUACAUCCAUUUGGGAGAAUAGUCUUCAGAUCACUACAAUUUCUAGCUUUAUAGGAGCAUGGCUUGGAGCAUUUCCUAUUCCACUGGAUUGGGAAAGACCAUGGCAGAAUUCAUCUGAUGGGGCCUGCUAACCUACUGCCUUCCAAUGAUGAGUUACAUUUCCUUUGAAUCUGGUCUUGAGUGUGUUGUGCUGGCUACUCCUAACGCAAAUGCUACAGUCUGGUGUAGGAACACAAAUGAAUCCAGCUCACGGCUCUAGUUUGCUAAUGUAAAUGGAGACGGACCUGCAUUUCCUCUGACCUCCCUCCUACAAAGACACGUAGUCAGGAAGUUACUUGUGGAGCGCUAAGUUCCUGGCCAGGGCUCUGUCAAAAGGGACAGUCAACACUCCUGAACACAUGCACGCAUGCGCCUAAGUUAUCCUGGCCAGUCCCGUCUCUCAUGAAAGCCCUGCGUCGGUCUUGUCAGCACAGCUUACAGUGAGCAAAGAGCACAUCUUUAACCCUGAACCAUCUUCUGUAAGUCGUAAGACUUUCCCAGUCUUGAAAUGUGGAAAUGUUAAACUAUCCAUUAACAGCUUACUUUAAUACAGUGUACUCCUUCAGUAAGGGAGAUACCAAUUAACCUAAAAUCACUUAAGUCCUCACUCAUUCAAAUCAGCGAUCUUUGUUUAUCUCUACUCUAGCAUUUUGCAGUAACCAAUUCAGUUAUAAUCCUAUGAUUUCUAGUUUCAAAUUAUGCAAGAAUUUGUGAUAUUUGUGAUUUUUAGAAAAUGAAUGUUUCAUAAGUAUCUUCUAUCCUGGUGAAAAAGAAUCGUCCAGUUUUUUACACUGAUAUUUAUUAUUGCUGUAUGUGUGAGCACCUGCAGGUACCAGGGUGUAUACCAAACACAGAGACUAAGCACACAGCGGCUCGAUGACUUGCCAAGGCCACGUUUAGUAAAUCUAAAGCCAAGAUUCAAAUCCUGUCUGUCUAAUACCAAAAUCAGUGUUCUUAAUCACUGUCGAGAAAUACUUCACACUGUAGAGAUGUGUUGGACCAUUUCCUUUCCUAAGACAUAAACGGUUCUUUUUAGUUAUUGCAUUUUUUAUAUUGUUGUAUUUUGUUAGAUUACUUAUUUUACGUGUUUGGUCUGCAUGGAUGUGCUGUGUGUCCACAGAGGACAGAAGUGGGUGUUGGAGCCCAGGACUGAAGUUAGAAUGGUUGUGAGUCUCCAUGUGGUGCUGGGAACCAUCCUCAGGUCCUCUGCAAGAGCAGCCGCUUCUCUUCCUGCCGAGCCGUCUGCCCAGCCCACAGCGGUCUUUCAAACAGCUUUUAUUUGACGUCACACACACACACACACACACACACACACACACACACACACACACACACGCAGUUAGUUAUAUAUUUUGAUAGAGCUUUUUUGCUUAUGAAGAUGAAAUUAUUUCUGAAAAAGAAAACCUUAUUACAGGUUUCCUUUGCCUAAAUUCUACGCAAGAUAAUAUAAAAAUCUUUUUUUUUUCUUAUUACUUUAAGGAAACAGACCUUUUGCGGGGGGGGGGGGGGGUUUAAGUGAUAAAGAGAAAAAAACCCACAAUCACUUGAUUUAUAGGAAGGAACAUAACGGUUCCCUAAAAGCAAGGCAUUUUUAUUUUUUUGGGGGGGGGAAUUGUUUGAGGGUUUUGUUUGUUUUUUGGGGGGCGUCUCUUGUUGAGACAGUAUCUUGCCCUGUAGCCCAGGCUGGCCUCAAACUCAUGGUGACCCUCCUUUGUUGGCCACCGUGCCAGCCUCUGAAAUACAAGGUCACAGGCAGGCACCACCAGCCCAGGGUGGAUUUGGGAAAUACAGUCUUGCUUUGCAACUGUGCUAGCUGGUUUUACGUCAGCUUGACACAAGUUAGAGUCAUCUGUGAGGAGGGAACCUCAGUGGAGAAAACACUUCCAUUAGAUGGGGCAAGCCUGUAGGGCAUUUUCUUAAUUAGUGAUGGUCCAGCCCAUGCUGGGUGGUGCUAUUCCUGGGCUGGUGGUCCUGGGUUCUCUAAGAAAGCAGGCUGAGCAAGCCAGUAAGCAGUGUGCCUCCA